AAAAAUAUUUGACAUUCCUAAACGGUUUGAUGCCCACAUGGUUGUUUUUUUAAUGCUAUUGACUCUAUUACAAGGUAGUAUCUGUUCAUACUAUUCUCAAGCUAAUGACUAAUGACGCACAAAGAGCCAAUGCUGCUGCCUUCGCUGGGGCUCGAACCUGGGUGAACUUCCCCAUGAAUCCUGGGGAGUGGGCUUGCUAUCACAUGAACCAGAACCCAGAACCCACUUUCUUUGAUCACAGUUUGAUGAUGAUGAUGAUGAUGAUGAUGAUGAAAGUGAUGGGAUUGGAGCAGCAAUGGAAGAGUAGAGGGACAGUGUUGUUUAUGCUGCUGGUGCAACUUGUGUUUGGUUUGAUGAGAAGAACAGAUUCGUCUUCCUUAGUGGACAUCACCAUUGUCCACAAUGUUCAUGUCGCCCGGGGAGCUGUCUGUUUGGAUGGGAGUCCACCCGCUUACCAUCUUGAUCCCGGGUACGACUCCGGCAUCAACAAUUGGUUAAUCCAACUUGAGGGAGGAGGAUGGUGCAAUAAUGAGACGACUUGCCUUUCGAGGAAGAAAACUCGGCUGGGAUCCUCCCUCUAUAUGGGUAAACAGCUUGCCUUCUCCGGUCUCCUCGGCAACAACCCUCUCCUCAAUCCAGAUUUUUACAAUUGGAACAGAGUGAAAAUUAGAUACUGCGAUGGAUCCUCGUUUACCGGUGACGUUGAUGCAGUUAAUCAUGAGACCAAUCUUCACUUCAGAGGAGCUAGGAUUUUUCUUGCAGUUAUGGCGGAUUUGCUAGACAAUGGAUUGAAGGAUGCUGAAAAUGCCAUAUUGUCUGGAUGUUCAGCAGGGGGACUUGCUUCCAUCCUUCAUUGUGACAGCUUUAGUGCUCUUCUCCCAAUGGGUGCCAAAACCAAAUGCUUAGCAGAUGCAGGUUAUUUUAUUAAGGAAACGGAUAUUUCUCAUGCACCACACAUUGAGCAGUUCUUCAGUGACAUUGUUAGAACACAUGGAUCAGCCAGGAACUUGCCUCAAUCAUGCACUUUGAGGUUAGAUGAUCCAAGUCUGUGUUUUUUCCCUCAAAAUGUGGUGCAACAUGUUCGGACUCCUCUGUUCAUAGUAAACGCAGCAUAUGAUUCCUGGCAGAUAAGAAAUAUUCUGGCUCCUGCGACUGCUGAUCCGCGUGGUACAUGGCGCGACUGUAAGAUAGACAUAUUAAACUGUACAUCCAGUCAACUUCGUAUAAUGCAAGGUUAUAGAGAGCAGUUCUUAAGGGCAUUAGCAAGUGGACUAGGACAUUCUUCAUCAAGAGGAUACUUUAUCAACUCAUGCUAUGCACACUGUCAAACAGAAGUACAAGAAACGUGGUACAGAAGCGACUCUCCAAGAUUGGCAAACAAGACAAUUGCAAAAGCAGUUGGUGACUGGUUUUUUGACAGGGAGGAAUUUAAGAAGAUUGAUUGCCCAUAUCCUUGCGAUAGAACUUGCCAUAACCGUGUUUUUGACACUGCAAGCUUCCAUUAGUAUAACUAGCUGCAUAUAGCUUAAUGGGCAUUCUGGAAGAAGCAUUCUUUACAAGAUAUUUUUUUGUUCUCAAAGGAAGAAUAAAGGAUACAUGAUUUG